GGAGACCCCAGACGGCAACAGAACAAGGAGGGAGAGUGUCCGAGUCCAGUUUUAAACACCACAACUUCACCUUUAACUCUUCAAAGGCUUUGUUUUUUUUAACACUCAAGGAGAAGUGUUCUGCCAAGGUCAUCGUUAUUGAAAAUUGCAGCUGAAUGAUUCUGGAUGUUUUCUCCUGGAAGAGAGAUGGAGAAUAGCUCUCACUUGCUGUCGCCCUCGUCACCAUGUACUUCUACUUUUGGAGGGUCCCUGCCUUUCUCGUCUUCACCGCAGCAGACCGGCUGCUCUAAUGGUCGUCUUUCCCUCCCACUUUCACCCAUUUCUUUCCCCCCGUCCCCUUCCUCACUUUCUCCAGCAACAGCAGAGUCUCUCCACUCUUUCUCGCCUCUUUCACACUGCACAGCGUCUCAGGGCCUUGAAGGACAAAACAUACAGUGCUUCAGCACAGCGACUGUCCCUGACCAGGACGACCUGACCUGCCUCAACUGGCUGCAUCAGAGGGGCAACCUGCUCCCGCUGCAGCCCCUUCCCAAAAUCACAACGCUGCCUCAGCUUGAGUCCUUCACACCUACCCAACCUCUUUCACCUGCCAUGUCCAAACCACCGUACUCCUUCAGUAGUCUGAUUUUCAUGGCGAUAGAAGACUCACCUGACAAGAGGCUUCCAGUUAAGGACAUUUACGAUUGGAUAGUGAACAAUUUCCCCUACUACAGGACGGCCACCGGAGGCUGGAGGAACUCUGUCAGACACAACCUGUCGCUGAGCAAGAGCUUCCGUCGCAUUCAGAGGGACAAGAGCCAGUCAGUGGGGAAGGGGUCGCUGUGGUGUGUGUGUCCAGAGUACCGGCCGGCGCUCCUCGAGGUGCUGAGGAAGACCCACAGUUAUCACAGCACCAACAUCAAUCUGUUAAACAAGCCUGCAUUGCUGGAGGGAGCAGAGUUUGGGGUUCCUGCAGUGUGCGACUCUAUGGAAAUGUCAGAUCCUCUCUCUCACACCCUUCUCCUCUCCUCGCCAUCAACCCAAAUCAUGGCCGCUGAUAACACACCUUUCUCUGAAAACCCACUGUGCCCUUUGACCCCGGAUCACGAGGAGCUCGUCACCAUGGAGUCGGUUGAAUACCAUCAUCAGGGCGAUGUCAGCGAGGACAUGGAGAAAGACCCCCUGUCAGACAGCGGUUACAUCGAGUUACAUUACUACGAGUCUCACCAGUACCAGUACCUGGUGCUGCCCGGCGACACAGAGCUGGACCUGGAGACCGUGGAGAUCCUCCAGCUGGACGCAGAGGCCCAGGAGGCUGCUGGGUCGCUGUUGGACCUGGCAGGCGGAGUUUAUUAAUCAAAAAUCCCUUUUAACAGUCAGAGCUGAUGCUUAAAUCCAUCGUAAGCUCCAACAAAGCAACAUAAAUUGAGAUUAAUGUUUUAGAAUCUUAAUCGAUAAUGGAUGGAGUGAUGAUGUUAGGAAUAUCACUUCUUCUUCCUGAGACGUUGACACUGCCCUUAUUCUUGAUUUUUAGUUAGAUAAAAAAUAUAGUUUCACCUUUUGUUGGACUAACAAGACUAAUGAAUCACAUGACUUUAGUUCAGGCACUUAUGAUGCAAAAGCUAAAUUGACCACCAUACAAUGAAAACCUGGACAAAUACUUGAGAGUGUAAUCCUCAAUGGAAAAGGCCGGACAAAGAUAUACUCAGAGGUUUUAAAACUGAGGGGCAAGUAUUAAUAGAGUUGGAUCUUUGUUACAAAAAGAUUUGAGCUUUUCAGCUGUGUUUCUACAUUAUGUUCAUUCUCAGGGGUGUAAUGGAAAAACUGUUUCUGGAUUAAGAUGUUUUCCAUGUUAGGGUACGAUUUUUAUAGCCUUAAAACCUGAAAAAGAAAAUACUAAAAUAGCUAUUGACUCACAUCCACACUGUUGCCUUUUCAAUAUUAAUAAGCCUUUCCAACCAGUUUUUCUCCAAAUCAUUCAAAUAGUGGCCAUCUUUUCUUUAUUAUGUCUUUAUAGAGGUUACUUUUUGAGGGAAAAACAUUUAGACAAAUGUAUUUGAAAUAUAUUUUACUUUAACUCUGUUACUGUAUUCUGAAAAUACUGCCUUUUACUAGUUGAGUGAAACACUUAAUUUAUAAUGUAGCUGCAAUUGUAGAUUGUGCUCCGAAAAUGGGAAAGCACUACUCAAUUACAAUUAUAAGUACUUCCAAUUUUCUUUCUAUGUAUUUCUUUACACCUAUUGUCAUUUUUCAUAUAAUUUGUGCUUGAGUUUUAUUUACAUUAUGUAAUGUUACAGAAUGACUUUGAAUUUUCUGUGAAUUUUAAAAACUAGAUAUGAUCUUGUAUGCUAAGCAAAAUGUUCUUCAAUCAGGAAGUCUUUGAUUGGAAAUUUGAGUUAUGAAUGCAAAACGAACCCACUGCCAUUUAAAAUGCUUUACAUUUCAGUGUACACGGAAAUUCUGUUUGUUAAUGUUCAAAAGUUUAAGAUUUUGUAAUCUAACAAAUACAAUCCAUCCUGCUGUUCAGUGAAUCAAAA